AUGAAGUCUAUUUCCAACAUCUUGAGCAUGUCUGUGUUGCUUGUCGCCAAGAACGCAGUGGCAAUGGCUGAAAGCCCACCGGAUCUGUUCUGGCAGGAACGAGACGCUCUCGAUAGAGCCAAGAUACUCUGGGAUUCCCAAGGGAUCGACAACUAUGAAUUUGAAUACUACAAGCUCAGUGGGACGGGAAAUGAUCCGGCAAACACGGUCUAUCCGUGGAGGGUUAAAGUCCAAGAUGGACAAGAAACUACGGCAAUUGAUGGCAACAAGCAAAAUGUCCCCGGGGCAUACCCACCAGACAUGGAUAAGUUGUUUGCAACCAUCGAGAGGCAGCUUGACCGCGACAAUGUGCUAGAGCUUGUUGCUCGUUACAAUAUUCAGUAUGGUUAUCCCGAGAGCAUCUUGAUGGACAUGGAAGACGGCGGCCUCUACCAUGUGGAAGUGUCCAACUUUGCUGUCAUUGGCACGCAAAACAAAAACCAAGUUGCCCCCAGCAAGCUGGAACAAGCAGUGGACGCAAAUCUUCGUUGGAGGUCUCACAAUAUUCAAUCAUACUCUUACCAAUACACAGAGUACUCCAUGGGACAAUACUAUGAGUUUCCUUUGUCUGUGACGGUUCAUGGUCGACAGGUGACAAUGCAUGAUCGUCGUGGCAACCAGAUCCAGCCUUGGCACCCUCAGUUCAUGGAAGGAUUCUUUGAACGCAUUCGAACGGCUCUUGAUCGCAAGGCUCCAUACGUCGAAGUGACCUACAACGCCGACUAUGGGUUCCCAGAAGACAUCUACAUUGUCGACAACGACGAAGUAGCGGUGUUGACAUUCGACGUUCGAAUUUCCUCCUUCUUGGUGCUUUAG